CUGUAUUUAAUUAGAAAUUAAAUCAUAAGCUGGACUUUGACCUGUGUAAGAAAACAAAAUUUGACCUUUUAUAGGCAUUUGAAACUAAAUUUCUGAAAUUUCAAGUCACUCUGAAAUUAUGAAUCAUUGACAUAAGUGUUACAAAGCCAUCGUAUUAGCUGUUAUGAUUAUAAUAUGCGUUUUGUGUUAUUUUAAUGAAUACUUUUGAUAAGCAGUGUAGUAGGGUUCAUUUUGCUGCGAAAAAAAUGACUUGUUAAUGUAUAAUUAUAUUGCAUCUUAUUCAUUUUUUGUUGGACUUUGCUUUACCCCUCAUUUAACUAGUAAUAAUUGCAAAGAAUGUUGUGAAAACUACAGUACCGUAUUCAACAUAAACGUCAUAUAAGACUUGAGAGAGUAAAUUGAAAAGCAAUGCUUAUUAUUAUUCAAUUCCAACUUAAAUGAAUUUUUUGGAUGUCUGUUUCUCCACUUCUAUUGAUGAUAUUUCAUUUAUCAGUGAUCAAAAUUUUAUAUUCAUAUAAAAUUUGUGAUAUUUUAUUUGUAUUCACCAAAGAAUUUUUUGCCAUAAUUUUAAUAUGUUUUGCACUUAAAUUACUGUCCAAUAGCACUUAUAAUAUCGCCGCCACUGUGCACUUUUUGUCUUGUACAGUAAUUUUUUUUGAACUAACAGAAUCUUCAAACUUCGGUAUUUGUACUUCAAUAGCAUUUGAGGAUUUUACGCCUAUUUUACUACUGCAAAUUUUCUAGACAAAAUGUUUUAUGGUAGUUUUGACUCCAUUUUUGUGUUAUAUGAAAAAUUUAUAUUGUGACUUGAAACGUAUAUAUUUUUUCUUAGUUUAAUAGGGCAUUGUACUAUAUUGUAAAAUUGUCCUUGAAUUUGGUUUGGAUUCGAAGCAGUUUAUUUUGAUUUGAAGAAUAUUCAACAAUAACGAAUAAGAUGAAAAAUUUGAUGAUGCUUAAAAAACGACAGGUUGUAUUGUACAGCAUUGUCGGACCAUCACUCACUUUACUCCUGGGUGUCAUUAUUGGAAUUAUCAUAAAUCCUUCGGAAUUCAAGCUAGAAUAUGAUGAUAGUGCUGAUUCCAACAAUAAAGUAACAGAAAUGUUAUUCAACGAAAUGAAAGCGGAAAAUAUCAAGGAUAAUUUGAGAUAUUUUGCAAGCAAUACGCAUAUAGCUGGUUCAAUUCAAGAAGAAGAAGUUCUGGUUGAUCAUAUUGUUAAUAAAUGGCAGAAACAAUUGGAUAAAGUUGAAGUGUAUCCUUAUGAAGUUAUGUUGUCUAUGCCUAAUGCAUCAGAUCCGAACUAUGUUGGAAUUUUAGAUACAAAUGGAAAGCUUUAUGCCAAAUCAACUUCCUAUGAAUGUAAAGGGAAAAAUUGUGAAAAUGUUGUGUCAAAUUUCAAUGCAUAUGGAAAAGCUGGGCAUGUUGAAGGAGAUAUGGUUUUUGUUAAUUAUGGUGCAAAUGAGGAUUUUGAUGAACUUCGUAAGUUUGGUUUAGAUUCAAGGGGUAAAAUUUGCAUUGUGAAAUAUGGCAAAAUGUUUCGAGGGCAAAAAUGUCUAAAUGCGGAAAACAAUGGUUGCAUAGGUUUAAUAAUUUAUACUGAUCCUGCUGAUUAUGCGGACUUUGAAAAUACAAAAGAUGUCUAUCCCGAUUCAUUAUUUAUGCCACCCACUGGAGUGCAAAAGGGAUCUUUAUGGCGUAUUGAUGGAGAUCCACUCACUCAGUUCUACCCUGCUAUUCACAGCGCUUAUAGAGAUAAUGAAAAUGACGUCUCUUUACCAGCAAUCCCAGUUCAUCCCAUAAGCUACUCUGAUGCUGAGAUAUUACUGUCAAAGCUUGGUGGGCCAGUAGCACCUAAGUCAUGGCGAGGUAAGUUGUCUUUGACUUAUAAACUAGGAGGGUCACUGGGUUCUAAAUAUAUUGGACAUAAAUUUGUCCUUCAUGUUGCCAAUUAUCGACCAAUCAAAAUGGUUCGUAAUGUUAUUGGGUUUUUGUAUGGAAGUAUUGAGCCUGAUAGAUAUGUUAUAUUGGGAAACCAUCGGGAUGCUUGGGACUUUGGAGCUGUUGAUCCGUCAAGCGCAACAGCUAUUAUGAUGGAACUUGCAAGAACAAUGGGACAUUUAUCAAAAAAUGGUCUAUGGAGACCUCGAAGAACAAUUAUAUUUUGUAGCUGGGCCGCUGAGGAAUUUGGCCUUAUUGGCUCAACUGAAUGGGUUGAACAAUUGGAAAAAAUUUUACUAUUUCGAGCAGUUUCCUAUUUCAAUGUUGAUAUGGCAGUGCAUGGUAAUGGCAUGCUCUAUGCCAGCAGUACUCCAAUUUUACAAAAUGCUUUGUUUGAAGCAGCAAAAAAGAUUUCUAACCCUGAUCCCAAGGAAAUUAAUUUAGGUCGACAUACUGUGUUUGAUAGUUGGUAUCAUAAAAAUCCAGACAGAAAAAUGCCGAAUAUUCCUAAAGUAGAAUCACUCGGCUCUGGUAGUGACUUUUUGAUGUUUCUACAAAGAGUUGGAGUGUCUUCGUUAGACUUUCGAUACGCUCCGGAUUUGGGUGCUAAAAAUUUAUCAUUUUAUCCUAUUUAUCAUUCUGCAUUUGAAAAUAUUCAUUAUUUUGAAACCUUUCUUGAUCCUGAGUACAAAUUUAGUUUGGCGAUCGGAAAAUUGUGGAUUGAAGUAACUAGAAUGUUUGCAGAUGAAAUAAUAUUGCCGUUCAGUCCUAUUGAUUAUGCAGAUUCAGUACAAUCUAUGAUCAAUUCAAUGGUUGAAUGUUAUGACAAAGAUUUCAGAGCUCAUGAUAUCCAUCUUAAUGAUUUGUUGUCAGCUAUGCAAACUUUUCAAAACAAAGUUUUGCAACUAGAAAAUAUGAUCUCUAAUGCAGAUAAGAAGAAUGAAAUUGUGGUCCGCAUGCUAAAUGAUAAGUUGAUGCAUUUUGAGCGCAUGUUCCUCGACUAUUCAGGGCUGUUUGAUCGACCAUAUUAUCGACACCUUCUGUUUGCUCCUAACACUGAGCAUUAUUAUUCUUCCUCCGAACUUCCUGCUAUUGUUUCCGCUAUUUAUAAAGCAAAUUCAAUGGGGAAUUGGGAAGAGGUAUCAAAGCAACUAUCUUUUUUAACUUCUAAUCUUCUAUCAGCGGCACUAACCAUUUCUGACAUGUUUUAAAAUUCUUAUUUACGUUUGUUACAAAUUUUCUUUUCUAAUAUAAAAUACAAAAAUUUUGUUUUUGCUAAAAAAAAUUCUUCAAUUGUUUCUAGCACAAAAUUUUUUAUAUGUAGAAAACUAGAAAUUCAUAUGUCAAAUAUUUCGCUACUAUUUUUCAUUUACAAUUUCUAGAAAAAUAUAUUGAUUUAUAUUUAGAUAGAUUUCUUUAUCAUGUAUAGGCUAUAUAGUAUACAAUUUGUGACAAAAAUUCUGUUGUGUGGCAAUUCAUAACAUAGGCUUUUCAAAGCUCUUUAUCUGUCAUCUUUAUCAAAGAUUGGAUUUUCUUUUGUCUUUGCCCCAUCUUUUUGUUAGGAUGUAACACGAUCUUCACAUAUUUACAGUAGUCUUUUUAUUACUUAAGCUUAAGCCUGCUGAAGACAAAAGAUAAUAUUAUACAUAGUCUGCUUUAGGUUACCUCAUCAUUUUGUACUUAGUUAAUUUUGUACCAAUCAAUUUUUGUGCAUUUAAAAUGCGUAGGCCUAAUCGCCAACUUUGUGUUCUAUGAAAUAUUUGCUAUUGAUCAAAUUAAAUAUUGCAAUCCCAUGAAACUUUAGUUAGCUUACCAUUGAUUAUAUUUUCUUUAUGUUAUACAUUUUUUGUCUAUUGCGUGCCAACUUAUUGACUUCAUAACAUUUUUCAUAAAAAAUGAGAGCUUGCAAUAUGAGAACAUAAAUCAGGGAUGUCAAAAAUGAGUGAAUAUUCAAUUUCCUUGUCAAUAUACAAUGAUUUUUGUGAAUUUCACUGUUGAACAUGACACAAUCUAGAGCUGACAUGGGCAAACUUCUUCUCGUGGGCCAAAUCCGGUCCUCUGGGUAAUUUAAUCUGGCCCGUCUGGUGCUGCCACAACCAAACUGAAACCAAAUUUUGAUGUUUCAGCUAAAAAUUACCA